GAAGAGGAUCCAUCCCAUUUGCUAUCAGGGGUGUGGCCAGAGGGGGAACUUUUUUUAAAAAAAGGAAUAAGCACCAGAGAGGUGAAAGCUAGCAUUGCCAUUUAUCUGAAAGCAGAAACCAACCAGGACACCGAGACCGACUAGGAAAUUUAGAAACACAUCCAUACGAGUUGCAGUUCUCAUCCUGAGGAUAUGGAUUUUUUCUUGAUCAGCUUUGUCUUUCUUUUAACAGUGCCUCACAUUUCUGGCCUCCAGUGCUAUUCUUGCGACGGAGAUACAGACUGCGUGGAAACAGAGAUCUGUGAAGAGCAUCAAGAACAAUGCAGCACUACCAUCAUGACUGUAUUAUCCCGACCAAAAAUCUCCACCUACUUCCUGAAGGGCUGUGACGUGAGUGGGAAGCCAAACAAUUCAAUUUCUCAUUUGUCCGGCAACCAAGCCGUAUUUCUGACCGAGGAAUACUGCGACACCGAGCUUUGCAAUGCGAGAUCACCAAAUGUAGUGGAUGUUCUCAUAGCUCGAGGUCGUCAGAGAAACAUCAUGGAAUGCUAUUCCUGUACCACAGCAGAUAAGACCUGUUACAACUCCAGACUGGAAUUAAUGAAGUGUGCCCGGCUUGAGGAAGACUGUGUGGACAUCACAUCUUUUACUACAGAGUUUCCUGCGGGUGAACAGCGCAUCAAGGGCUGCGGUCAACUUUCCCACUGCCAAGAUUCAGAGCCACUGGGGUUCCACAACCAGAACAGUUUCCACCUUAUAAAGUGCUGCAACUCCAGCCGGUGCAACAGUGAUAUGCAAGACUACAAGGAUGCCCCACUGCCCCUGAAUGGAGUGACAUGCUUCAGUUGCGAGGGGAAUGCCACCCACGGUUGCUCCCCGGAUGCUGUCUCCAAGAUACAAUGCCAGGGUCCCAUGACCCAGUGUUUAGAAGCAUCUGGAAUCCAUGGCAUCUCAGGAGAGAACUCAGUUGUCAAAGGUUGUGCAUCCCCAUCUUGGUGUGAGAGUCCUUACACUACUGUCCACAAGAACUUGGGUGCCAUACACAGCCGCUGCUGCUCUGGUAACCUCUGCAAUAACUGGAUCAUUAAUGGGACACUGAAGCCAUCACCAAGGAGCCAAGCUACACACACAGUCCAAGCCCAACAGACUUUGCUCUCAACAGUUCUACUGCUCUGUGUUACCUUCCUUCUCUGCUCAGGGAGCUCUUGACCUCUGGUGAUAAAUCAGGACUGAAUCAUAGCCAUGGACUUAGCUGGACUCAGACUUGAGACUUCUCCCCAUAAUCCCUUGUACGAACAUGCAGCUGUGAAAAACCAUGGGAUAUAACAAAGGAGAUCCUCUGAGUAUAUGAAGAGCAUAUUCUUCACUUCAUUGGGGAUUUGUGGCCAUGCAGAAGGCCGUGGGGAAAAGAGCACAGCUUGCCAGUAACAUACAAUUACUAAUUACUGCCCCAAGUCAUAAAAUCACAUUUCAAAAGUCGCAUGACAAGUCAGAGUGUAUUGGCAUAAUGAGCCACGAUUUCCUGUUAUAUGCAAAAGUCAUCUUUUUGGGAGGAAGUAUUUUGAUGCAUAUUUUUAAAGUUAAAAAUGUUAUGUCAUUGUUAUUCUUAAGUAUGGCCUUCAAUGGCUUGCCGGGGAAACUUUCAGUUAGCUGACUAAGGUGUUCAUCUCUAUCCACGAUAUUAAUUCAAGAUGUCAGAUAGUGAACAUGAGAACAGAAACUACCACUAAGCCUUCCUCAUGUGCUGGAGUUAGGAGUGCAGGAUCUCAAUCAAAGUGGGGAAAGUUUUGAAAUACAUUUUUGACUUGAGAAAACAUCUCUCUCUGCUUAGUCCUUUCCUGGAAGUUGACCAUAGAAUUGCACUAGGGGACCUAGAGAUUCUUAGGGCCUUUCCGCAUAGCCCUAUAUCCCAGAAUAUCAUGGCAGAAAAUCCCACAUCUGUUCACAACUGGGUUAUCUGAGUCCACACUCAGAUAACGUGGGGUUUUCUCCCUUGAUAUUCUGGGAUAUAGGGCUGUGUGGAAGGGCCCUUAGAGGAGAAUUCUCUAUCCAAUGGCUGCUUAAAUAUGUUCUCCCUAGGAAUGUCCUGGCCAUCCAGCAUGACCCUAUUAUUAUUUUCCAGCAAGUGUUGACCAUAGAGCACACUGGAGGACCUAGACAUUCCUAAAGAGAACCUUUUCAUCCAAUCUGCAAAUAAUCAAUUCCAUAAAAGUGAAAUCUACAAAUAUGGAGAGCCAACUAUUUAUAGCUCCUUUAAAGAUGAAAUUAGAAUGAGGACAUUUACUUUCCUACUACCAUGAGAGUCAGUGGCUACUUAUCUGGAAGUUACAGAAUUAAGGCGGAGAUACUGAGCAACUCCCUAUCUAGAUACAACUUUUGGCAUCUUCUUUUUAAAAAAAACUGCUGAAAAAGAUAUCCAAAACACAAACAGGCUGCAAUAUUAUUUAUUCUUAUCUAUUUGCUAAGAAGGGUUGUUUUGCAAAAACAUCACUACCAAGAAAGAUUUUUCCAAAUGGUCUUGUAAUGUCUGAGUACUGCCUAGGCAACAUAUCCUAUCUGAUCCUGCCUAAGAAGGAUCAGCCCUGGUUAGUUAUGUGGAUGGAAGUCCAUCAACAAAUGCCAGAUAUUCUGGGCUACAUUUCAGGGGAAGGAACUUGCAAUCCACUCCAGGUAAACAAAAAGAUCCUGCCAAGAAACUCCUUUAACAUCCACUUAUGUUCUGAUGCCCCAAGGUUUGAUGAGAUGCCCUUUUUUUGGAGUAUUUUAUAUAUGAGCCUUAUUUAUGUUAAUAAACUAUUUUUUAUAAUAUUGAAAAUAAACUCUAUUGAAUGUG